AUGGACUCAAAUAAUUUAAAGGAAUCUUCGGAUGAAAAUAGUGGGAAAGAUGGUAAUGAUAGGAAUGGCAGUGAUGAUAGUUUAGUGCAUAAAGACAAUAAUAUUAAUGAAGAUAAAACGCCUGAACAGUCAGAAAAAAAUGAGAAUAUUGACGAUAAAAAAAAAAAAAAAAUCGAAACAUCAAAUAUAUAUUAUAGUGACUCACCAAAUAGCUCAUUUGAUACUUCAAAAAGAAUUGGAGAUUUAAUUAUGGGAAAGGGAUUAAAUAAUUCUUUACAAUCAAAAGUGGAAUGUACAAAUAAAAUUAACAACACAUUUGAGGACAAAUUUCAAAAUUCAAAUAUUGGUGAAAUAGCAGUUUGUCAUAGCAAUGAAUUUAUGAAAAAGGAUAUAAUAAGAACACAAAGCAAUAACAUUUAUAAUAAUACCAAUGAAAAAAAUUCUUUAAAAAAAAAUAUAGUAAGUUUUGAUGAUGCAAAUAAGAAAAUAUAUAAUGGGAAAGGGAUCGAAAUGGCAAAUGUAGAUCCGAAAAAGGGUGAGGAAAAAGAUGAGGAAAAAAGUGGUGAAAAUGGUGAGGAAAAUGAGGAAAAAAGUGGUGAAAAUGGUGAGGAAAAUGACGAAAAAAGUGGUGAAAAAGAUGACGAAACAGAUGAAAAAAAAAGUGGUGAAAAAAAUGACGAAAAGGAUGACGAAAAGGAUGACGAAAAAAGUGGUGAAAAAGAUGACGAAAAAAAUGACGAAAAGGAUGACGAAAAACGUGACGAAACAGAUGUGUCUGACUCAUCCAGAAAAAUCGCAAGUCAGGAUGAAGAUAAAGAUAAAAUAAAUUUAGAUAAAACUUGUACUUAUUUUAAAAAUAAAGAAAAUGAUAAUUUCAGUGGUAAUAAUAAAAGUACGUAUGAACAUAAAAAGAAAAUAGAGCAAGUCGAACCCAAAGCUAAUGGUCCAAAAAAAAUAAAAAAUAUAAACAAUUUUUUAACAGAAAAAAAAAAUGCACAAAAAAUUACCGUUUUUGUAGGAGAAAAAAUUCAAAAAGUAAAAGCCGAUUUUAAAUAUGGUGAAGAUGCACCACAAAAUGUUAAUCAAAAAACAAUUUAUGAAUCAGGAAAUAUUAUACAAAAUGGUAAUGAUAAUUUCAAAGAAAAUGAAAAAAGAAUUAUUGAAAAGAAACAAGAAAAAACCGUUUUUGUUGCUCAAAGAUGUGAAAGAAGUAAUGCAGAUGCAAGAGCUGGUGAGGCAUUAAUAAAAAAGGUUCCUGAAAAAACAGUUUUUGAGGCACAAAGAUGUGAAAAAAGCAAUGCAGAUGCAAGAGCUGGUGAGGCGUUAAUAAAAAAAGUUCCUGAAAAAACAGUUUUUGAGGCACAAAGAUGUGAAAAAAGCAAUGCAGAUGCAAGAGCUGGUGAGGUAUUAAUAAAAAAAGUUCCUGAAAAAACUGUUUUUGAGGCACAAAGAUGCGAAAAAAGCAAUGCAGAUGCAAAAGCUGGUGAGGUGCUAAUAAAAAAGGUUCCUGAAAAAACAGUUUUUGAGGCACAAAGAUGCGAAAGAAGCAAUGCAGAUGCAAGAGCUGGUGAGGCGUUAAUAAAAAAAGUUCCUGAGAAAACUGUUUUUGAAGCACAAAGAUGCGAAAAAAGCAAUGCAGAUGCGAGAACUGGUGAUAAAUUGAAAGAAGUAAGCUCUGAAAAUGUCAUAUAUGAAUCUCAAAAAUGUAAUCAAAUAAUAACAGAUUUUAGAGCUUCUGACAAAAUAAAAGAAGUUAUGAAAAGGAAUAUGCUUGAUGAGUGCCACAACAUUUGA